AUGGGGUGCGCCAGCAGCCACCAGCGCAUCCUCAAAGCACCUAGGGCAAGGUCGGCAGCGCAGAUUUGGUCCCUUCCCGAGGACCCGAACUUCCUUCACGUUGAAGUCCCGGAUUCUUCUAAAACUAUCACCGUGGUGGAUAGGACCUUGACUCUUCCUAGGUCAAGUGUGGAAAAGCCAAUUCGACCCCUUUCUGAAGACCAUGAAAAUUUCGAGUUGCAACUUGAAGUCUCAGAUUCUUCUAAAACCACAACUACACCGAUAGCUAUAGGGAUAUUCUCGCUUCCAACAGAGUUAAUAUGUCAUAUUCUUCUCCUCCUUCAUUUCAAAGACCUUUCAUGCUGUGUAUUAACCUGCAAAGCCUUCUGGCAUGUGGCCCAGAAUUUCGUCGACGUUCAAAUCCAAUUGGAGCUUUAUGCCCAGGGCUUCACGGAGACUCCUACCCUGGACUGGGUCGACGUUUCUAGCAAGAUGUAUUCACUCAAGAGAUUGGCAUCCAUGUGGCAAUCUGAUUUCCAUUUGAACUCCGUUUCUGAACAAACAGUGGCUAUUGGGAAUAUUCUCAGCCCGUACAUUCCUAGCUUGCAAUCCGUGAAGUGUGGGAUUUGGUGGAUGUCGGUUAUCAGUAGACUCUUCAUUCGGGAGUGUGACACAAACUUCAAAUCAACCCAGACGUGGCCGGAGCAGAGCUUCGACUCGCUGGUAGACAUGCCCUUCACGAAGUCAGUUGUCGUUGACCCUCUUCAGGACCUUGCGGUUAUGGUGUCGUACGGCAUCCUUGAUAUGCUAGUUCAUCGCGACUUUUCGAUGACAUUUCGGUUGGCUUCAUCGCAACGUCCGCACCCAGAUUCUCCAUGGCCUUAUUUGAAUUGCAUGCGUCCUCCUGAAAUGGACCCUGACCAUGAUUUCCGCUUUGUGGAUCAGCCAGCGAUCUGUGGGGAUCGUGUAGUGGCACUCUAUUACUACACGAACCACAGCAGAUCAACGUCGAACAUCUUCAUACUAGUGGUAGAUUGGAGGAAAGGACAUGCGAAGGGUUCUUCCUUAUACGAACUGGGUGGGACUAAGGCGAGUUUCCAUCUACUUGACGAACAGAGGAUCAUUGUCAUCGGCCCGGAAGGUGGUAUGGCCUUGUACACAUUAGAACUCGAUGGUUCGCCUCGGCGCCGAAUUACGUAUGUCCUUCCGAGUGUGCAACGAGACCUUGACUAUGGUCCUGUGGGACUACUGCGACCGCGCUAUGUUAUUCAUGCAACCCCAUCGUUUCACGGGCAAGCGGUUCACCCAGACCUUAUACCUGACUACGUGACAUCUCUGGAGUCACAAAUCAUGGUUUUGGAGGUCCUGUCGAGCUCAUGGCAGGUGAUUCUAGUCGUCGAUAUGGCCAUUUUUGCAACAAACGCCACACAGUCAGAGAUACCUGUCGAGAUUCCUUGGUCAGAGUGGGGCCCCAAGUACACACGCUACUUUCCGCAUCAUCCAAGCCACCGAAUCAGCGUGUUCGGCAGCAAAAUGGCAUAUGCUCUGCCUCAGGAUCGUGCUCCUGAACCUGGACAAAGACUGGAAGAACUCCCUGCAGAGGGUUCCUUCUACGUACACAUCUGGGACUUUAAUCGAGCCAUUUCUCGCUUAGAACAUUCGAAUAAUGUCUACAAUUGCAAUUCACCAGGUCGUCUCAUCCGCAGGCCUGGUCGGCUGGCUCAGACAUGCUUCACGGAAGACGAUGCAGACAUUAUCACGAAUCAUCCUUACACUACUGCUGUCUGCCCCACGGGUUUCUCGACGCGUCACUUUGACCGGUUUUUUUUGGAGCAGGAUCGACUUACUUUGAUAUGGGCUCACCCUGGCUCGGUUCAGAUUCAGGUCGUUUCUCCCUCACCGAUAAUGCCAACUUCCGAAGUUGGCUUGGAUGUUGAACAAGGCCAAAUAGCUCACAGCCCAGAGCUGCAGCAGACAAAGGAAAUGCAGUCUCGCCACAAGACGAAUAUCUUAUUCUACCUAUUGGGCAAGUUGCGCAGACGGCCGAGAUACCCAGAAUCGGAAUAG